CCUCUUUUUUCAGGUGAAAGUAAUGCUACGCGUUUCGACGCCGCCCGGAAACGCAUCCCCCGAAAAUGGGAGCUUUAAUAAUUUCUUUAAUUUGGAUAAACGAAAGAAGCAGGUUACGCUAAUGGAUCCGUCCACGUGCGGGUCGGUUGCACCCGAAGAUCGAAGGGUUGGUGUCGCCGCGCCGAAAAUGUUCGCUUUCGACGCAAUUUUUUCGCAGGACGAUUCGCAGACUGAGGUGUGCUCAAGCGCUCUUACGGAUGUCAUCCAUGCCGUAAUUAAUGGUACGGAUGGAUGUCUCUUCUGCUUUGGACACGCCGGAUUAGGCAAAUCGUACACCAUGCUCGGCACGCCCGAAAAUGCAAAUACGCUGGGCAUUAUUCCUUGCGCAAUUUCGUGGUUAUUUCGAGGAAUUAAUGAACAGAAACAGAAGACGGGAGCUAGAUUUUCAGUACGUGUAUCCGCCGUUGAAGUAUCUGGACCGACGAACCAGCUACGGGAUUUAUUGUCCGGUUAUUCAAAUGAUUCCGAACAAUCUCCCGGUGUAUAUCUAAGAGACGAUCCCUUAUUUGGCAAUCAACCCCCACAUUGUGAACUUCGUGUACCUACAGCGGAACGUGCGGCACAUUAUUUAGACAUUGCGAUUGAGUCGAGGGCCCCCACUAAAGAGGAAGCUCGGAAUUCUCACCUGUUAUUUACAUUGCACGUGUACCAAUAUAGCGUUGCGGGAAAAGGCGGAGUCGCCGGAGGCAGAAGUCGACUGCAUCUGUUCGACCUGGGGAAUUCGGAACGCGGAAAAUCGAGUGGCGGCAUCCCCCUGUCGGGACUCGGUAAUAUUUUACUGGCAAUCUUUAAUGGACAAAAGCAUUUACCAUACAAGGAGCACAAGUUGACGCACUUGCUAAAAGAUUGCUUAAAUUCGCUGACGUGCCACGCCGCGAUGAUAGCUCAUGUUUCAUCUUACGCACAGAAUUACUUGGACACGCUUACGACGGUGCAACUCGCUUCAAGAAUUCAUCGAAUGCGUAGGAGGAGAAUCAAAUUUGUAUCGGCAGGGGUAGGAAAUGGUUCGGGCGGAAGUUCUGGGGAAGAGGCUACGCGAACCACGGGGACAAGCAGCGAGCCCGAUCCCUCCAGCAGCGAUUUAUCUGCAGACACAGUUAUUUACGUCGGUCCAGCCGACGACGCGACCGAUGGCGAACAUCCACCAGUUUACAUACCCAGCCUAAACUCGGGGGAUAAUCGUUGCGCCAUGAGCAAAGCGUUAAGAGGCUCAACGGCUGAACAACGAUUAAACAAAGUUUCCGUACUUCAGAAGCCAUCGGUGUCUGAUGAAAAAACGUCCACUCAUCGCCCGUCUAUUAAAACUAGUUGUCAAAGCAAUAAAACUUCUCCGGCGCACACAAAUAGUCCCAAGUCAUCACCCAGCCGCAUUCCGUCCACGAAAAGUAAAACGCAAUUGUUAGAGGGUAUAAAGCAUUCUGUUAACGGAGGAAGUGACGAGCAUUGGAUCGACGGACCCCGCAUUUCCAAAUCGAAAGUCGCGGAAGCGAGACAUUUAAUGAAAGAACCUUGUCACGUAAAAAAGCGCGAGACGUGGAUUGAUGGUCCCAUGCACGCGGACUCCGCAGCUUACGGAUACAUGGACAGUCACAAGAAGAACAUGAUCAGAAAGUGGGUCGAGCAUCAAACUUCGCAAAUUCAACGCAAACAAUCGUCUUACAUAAAAAUUCACGACCAAAAAUCGGGAAAAGAACAGUUCAAGGAAUUAACGCAAUUUAAAACGUACGACGAAGACGUUUUAAAAGCGAUCGAUAGCCAGAAAAACGAAAACAUUGAAGAAUCAGUCAUUAGAACGGGCUUAAAGCUUUCAAGUGGGAAAGUAAACAACGAUGCGAUUUUAGAAUGCAGGACGCCCGAAGAGAGAGAAGCAGAAUUUAGUAUAGCGAUCGAAGAAGAAUUUGAAGACGAUGAAGAAGCAGUAGAAAUGCCGCCCGCGUUGCCUUUGAUCCAACCUCUCAGUAGUAGGGAGGUUUCUAUGGAAAGCUUGGACAAUCUUCUUAAAGAACGUUUAAUUUCUCAUCAAUCGGCCCACGAGGAUGACCUAGACGACAACAUUUGCAGUGACGAAGAUGAGAUUUUGGAAAUAAUAGAAGUUGAGGAACCUCUGGAACCGGUACCCACGCAAGAUUGUUGUUUGCAAGUGACAGAGGAAGAUAUCGCGUUUUGCAUGGGAAUCCUCGAAAAUCCCUUGCCGGAGGUGGACCAGGAAAAUCCGCUGGACCAUCCGUUGAGAAUUUUAAGCCAAGAAAAUUUAACGGUAGUGUCUACGUUUACGGACUCUAUGUCCGUUUAUACGGAUUUGGAGCGCAUAUUACCAAGGCAUAGAUAUGAUCCUAAGUACGGUCUAUACAACGACGAUUAUGAAGAUCCUGAUAAUCCCUACAUUAAAAACGACAUGUCUGACGAGGUCUCACAACAGAAAUUUAACCAACUGGCGCGAUUGCACGAGUUGUAUUCUCAUAGCUUGGCAAAAGCUGGUGUUACAGGCUCUGAUGUGUAUAAACAGUUAAAGCCUAAUUUAAAACCCCUAACUCGCUGUGAAUCUUUAUCGCUAUCUGACAUGUUGUAUGGAGUCAACGGUCUCGAAACCAGCAGUAUAUACAGUGAGCCGGCCUACAUUCCCGACGAAGAAAAAUUUUGCGAGAACUGCAAAGUAAGUAUGACCAGACCUGCCACAGCUCAGCAUUGGUAUGACGAUGCUCAUUUAUCGUUUAGUAACAAUGAACUGAGUGCUACCGAGUCCGCUCUCCCUCCGAUCAGUAGGAGAUUUCAAAGGUAUUGCCACAAAUACCCGAAGGAUAGUGAUACUCUGGCACACUUACGACAUCCCGAUGGUGCCUCGAAUCCGAAUUUACGCGAAGAGUCGGAACGGACUCCCGGAAAUGGCGCUUCUGCAAUAGCUGGUAGUAAACGUAGUUAUAGUAACAUAAUUCCGCCGGAAGAAGUAAAAUCUAGUCGUCCUCUAACUCCCCCCAACAGUCUUCCUUCCACCGAGAGAAUAAAUCGAAACAUAAUUAGCAUCGAAGGCGGUUUCACUUCGAUUAAGUUAAACCAAAAGCAGUCUGACGAUUACGAUAGCGGCCACGACUCUACACCUCGAACGUCAAAGCAUAGCCCGGCCGCCAUAUCGCGAAGAGCUGAAAGUGGUUACGACAGUGUUGUGCGCGAUAGCGAAAGCUCCAGUAUAGACUCAGACACGAGCCGUUUGUCGCACUUGCAUAACCGACGAGGCAAAUGCAAGCACAAGCACGACAAAUCGUUUUGUUCUUGGUUCUUGCAUCCCUUCACCUGCAAAUACAUACACGAACCUCCCGAAACUCAUUUUUAAUGGCGUGCAACUGCUAACAGCAGUUGAACCUCAGGAAAGAGAUGGCUGUUUUACUCUAACAUUGAAGCAAAUCGAACUAGACCUGCAGGCUACAUAUACCUACCUUAAGUUUUGUGCUUUUUUAACUUGAAAUUUACCUGUAAACAUAUUUUUAAUACUAAAAGCUUUUGGAUACCUAUACCAUUCCAAACGUUUCGAUUCUUCCAAGCAUAUCAUAAUACUCGCCAAUGAUAGGGGAACAAAAUUGUAUAUCUUGCCAAUCUUUUUUACGAAUUUAUUACCCUCAGCUUAAGACUGUUUCUAAAUUUGAAUUAGAUCCAAUUUUUUAUACAUAUAUAUUUUCUUGUACAAAAAAAAACUGUCAUAGGUAUUAUUGUUCUUAUUAAGUUAAUGUAAUACUAUUAUUUUGUGAUAUUUGUAGUUAAAAAUUGUAUCACUGCCUAAGUCUCAUCUUUUUUCAC